CACGCGUUCAUGGGUUGCACACUUGCUGUUCGCACAUCAGCUGUGCUAGGAAACUUCAAUAAAACCUCGACCAUGUCGUGGUAGUAGUCCAAUUCGUUUCGUUUUUUUAAUCACAAGUUUAUAACAGUUAUUUUCGUCUUUACAGUUUUAUUUUCAUUAUGGUCUCAAAUGCAAAAACAUGGAAUUUACCUAUGUGUGGAAACUAACGUGGAGUUUAAAUCUCACCGCUGUUUUGCUAUCCCUCGUUCGGGAGUGCUGCGUACAGGAUACUGCAGCAAGUCUUUGAAAUGAUAUUUGCCCUUAAAAGAGACUGUUUUACCAGAGAGUUUCUUUUUUAGUCACAUUUGGAGGCCAGAAUAAACGUUUUUAUUACAGUUUUGAAAAGAGACAAAAUCCAUACAGGGCUGAAAAUGGAGACUGUCAUUGAAAGAGAAUGCAGUGCGCUCGGAGGACUUUUUCAAACAGUAAUAGGCGACAUGAAGAGCAGUUACCCAGUGUGGGAUGACUUCAUCAGCAAGGCCGGGAAGCUACAGUCACAGCUGAGGACGACAGUUGUAGCUGUAGCUGCCUUCCUGGAAGCUUUUCAGAAAGUGGCUGAUCUGGCGACCGGCAGCAGAGGUGGCACCAGAGACAUUGGUUCAGCCCUCACCAGGAUGUGCAUGAGGCAUCGGAGCAUCGAGGCCAAACUUCGUCAGUUCUCAGUGGUUUUUAUUGACUGCCUGAUUAACCCUCUGCAAGACCAGAUGGAGGAGUGGAAGAGGGUGGCCAACACCCUGGACAAGGACCACGCCAAAGAGUACAAGAAAGCCCGCCAGGAGAUCAAGAAGAAAUCCUCAGACACUCUCAAGCUGCAGAAGAAGGCUAAGAAAGCCGACGUGUUCGGCCGGGGGGACAUCCAGCCCCAGUUGGACAGUGCCAUGCAGGACGUGAGUGAUAAGUACCUGCUGCUGGAGGAGACGGAGAAGCAGGCAGUGAGGAAGGCCUUGGUGGAAGAGAGGAGCCGCUUCUGCACCUUCGUCUCCAUGUUGAGGCCCGUGGUGGAAGAGGAGAUGUCUAUGUUGGGUGAGAUCACUCACUUGCAGACCCUCACUGACGACCUGAAGGCCCUGACAAUGGACCCCCACAAGCUGCCCCCCGCCAGCGAGCAGGUCAUUCUUGACCUGAAGGGGUCUGAGAGCAGCUGGUCAUAUCAGACCCCUCCCUCCUCCCCUAGCACCACAGCAUCCAGGAAGUCCAGCAUGUGCAGCAGUAGUCUGAACAGUGUCAACAGCAGCGACUCUCGCUCCAGCGGCUCCCACUGCCACUCCCCCACCUCCCACUACCGCUACCGGAGCUCCGCCCUCCCGCAGCAAGGCCCCGCCCGCCUCUCCAGUGUCUCCUCCCAUGACUCUGGCUUCAUCUCCCAGGACGCCUACCAGUCCAAGUCGCCAUCGCCCAUGCCCCCCGACGGUCACCCACAGACCUCUGGCUCUUCAUCCUCGGCCGUCUCUGAGACUUGCCAGCCUGUCAGCGAGGGCAGCUCCUCCUCCUCUUCCUCUUCCCCGGCCUCCUCUAAGGAGACCUGCUCCAGCACUAGGGUGGACCAGCUUUCAAACGGGUACGAUCAUCAUCCUCAUCUUCAUCACGGGCCCUCCACCGCCCCUGAUCUGUGUGGCGGGGGCAUUCAGGAGGGCUACCCUCACCUCCCUCCAUCUUCUCCCUCCUCCACCCCCCUCGCCUCGCCAUCCUCUCCCUCCUCCCCCAUGUGGGCGUGGUCGAAACCAGGCUCUGCCCUCCUUGUGGACCGCCCCCCCUAUUGCACCCAGGAAACGGGCAUGAUCCCGUCCUCCAAGGUUCCCACCUGGAAGGACUGGGCCAAGCCGGGCCCGUACGACCAGCCCAUGGUGAACACCCUGAGGAGGACUAAGAAGGAGACUCCAGAUCCCAGCAGCCCCCCGGCCACGACACCAGGGGACGAGCCCCAGCGAGCCAGGGGCACCAAUGCAGUCACAACACCCAAGCAGGAGGAGGCCCAUGAGGACCUGGCCCUGGCCCUGGCCCUGGGACUCCAGCUGGACAUCCAGCGCUCCAGCAGGGACUCCCUGCAGUGUUCCAGUGGCUACAGCACCCAGAGCACCACGCCAUGCUGCUCUGAGGAUACCAUCCCCUCACAAGUGUCCGACUACGACUACUUCUCCGUGAGCGGCGACCAGGAGACGGACCAGCUGGACUUCGACAAGUCCUCCACCAUCCCCCGCAACAGCGACAUCAGCCAGUCGUACCGGCGCAUGUUCCAAGCCAAGCGGCCGGCCUCCACAGCGGGCAUCCCCUCCACAGCCCCGUCCCCCGCCUCUAUCGUCACCCCUGGGGUGGCCACCAUCCGCCGCACGCCCUCCUCCAAGCCCCACUUGCGCCGGCCCUCUGGGGGCUUGGGUCUGGGCCCCAUCCCCAUCAAGCCCCCCAUGAUCCCGGUCAAGACGCCCACUGUGCCCGAGCACCCCGGGGGGUUCUUCGGAGGUGAGGGCGAGGGAGCGGGAACGCUAAGCCCCCAGAGUCCGCGCUCUUCACCGGGGGACAACGGGUUGGUAUCUUCCAGGUCAGCCCGGGACACUCAGGCCCCCUCUGAUCCGCCCUCUCCCCCGCCUCAGCCCGGCGGCAGGUUGUCGGAGUGGGACCACGAGGCACUGCCGGAGGUUCAGGAGGAGGAGAUUGGAUGCGGUGAAGGGGAAGAUGUGCUCUUGGCCAUACGGAGAGGAGUCAAACUGAAGAAGACUAUGACCAACGACCGGUCUGCACCAAGGAUAGUGUGAGAGAGGCUUUGCUUAGUGUAUAAGGUCCAAAGACCCUCGUCCAUACAGCAGCUUGAAUCACAGUCUGUAGUAACUUCGCCCAUAGUUUUAAAGACGAGGGUGGGAGUCUAGAUACGUGAAAAUAUGGAAGGUAGUUGAGGAGGUGGGAAUGGAGCGCCAAUACUUAGACUAUUUUCAGAUGACGAAAAGAUCAAAUCUUUUGUUUGUGUACAUAGUUAUAUUUUGAUGCGUUUGUAUUUUUUGUGUUCGAUGCGCGUCUUUCUUCCUUUACCUGUCCAUUGUCAUGAAAAUGGCCAACAGGCUGAAUUAACUUAACUAUUUUGUUGAAUAUGAUUAAUCUUUUCUGUGAAAACACAGGUCUUGCAAAACAUAUUCACAGAGGAAGAAAGAUAUAUAUAUAUAUAUAUAUAUACAUAAUUUAAGAAUGUGCGGAGAAAAUGGAUAGAUGGGGAAAGAACAACGGACAGCAGAAUUUUUCCCCCCUGUAAUAUGUUUAAUUUGUCUUUUACUAUUGGGAAAUUAACAGAUUAGCACAACUGAUUGGACCCUCAAAGUAGACCACCAACCAUUCAGGAGAAGACAUGGGUAGCUUCCUUAUGUCCGUCUGUCAUUUGGAAGCCUCUUAGUCUUCAGAGGAAAAUAAGGACACCUUUUCACCCACCUCCUUGACAAUCUAGUUUCUACCUUUGGUGUCAGUGGACAAAAUGUUAUUGCUUGUCAGCUAUAGAAUAGGAGCCUUAAUGUACCUUCCUGUUCUUCAGUAGAAAUACAGAAGACACUUCCCAUUACGUUCAGAUUGAUCAUAAGUGAUUCUGGUAUAAAUGGUAUCUACAGAGGAUUCAUACGCAAAUAUAACUGGAAAACAUAAGUGCUUGUCCUGCUGUGAAAAUACUUGUGCGGACUGUGAAAAUUAGCCUAGUGGUGGUCACUGAUAACUAAAACACAGUUCACCCUUACCAAAUGAUAGUAUUCAUAAAUGUUAAAAAGUAGAAUUGGAGAGGCGUCUAGUUAGUUAGCUUGUUUUCAGCACUGUGAGCUGAAGUAAAUCAGAAUUCACUAUUGCAACUACCUGAGAUGGCAUUUCACAAGAUAACAUGGCCUAAUAUGUAUAAACAUUCAAAAUGUCCAGUUAUGUUUUUUUAUUUUUCAUCAAGGUCACGUGUUGCUACAAGGUGUAGAAGUUGAUGCCCAGUUGUUCUGUCCAACACAUUUCACAACAACACAUUAAUGUAAAUGGAGUAACGCAUGUUUUUGUGUUAACCCUCAUUUUUAUACCAUACCCAUAAUAUCCCCCAAUACAUUUCACCCUUUGAAACAAGUUUGACUUUCUGGGUUACGGCUCAAGCCUGAUUUAUUUUUACAUUCACAAGUAGGACAGGGGAAACUAGUGUGGCUGAUGCAACGCCAUGCAUAUGAUGCUGAAAAUCCUGUAUGGCUCGUUACUCAAUGAUUCUGUAUAAUGGUCUGAUAUUGUCCAUGUAAAACGUAGCUGUAAUUUACCGUAGGUGUUUUUCCAAGUACAGACGUUGAUGUUGAGAUACGUUGCCAAAUCUUAUGUAUGCUAAAUGGUUAGUAAGUAAUCUAAGUUGAUGUUUUUGGUCAUGAUCAAAUGAUCAGUAGUCUGAAAAUGUUGACGACUUUCAUUUCCUUACCAGUGCCAGAUUGAAAAGGACUCUGCCUACUUAUGUGAAAGAAAAGGUAAUAAUGUAAGAUGUUAAUCCAGUGUGUUAAUAAACGUUUUGUCACAAGAACAGAGGACGGGAGCCCCGGGACACAGAUUGUGGCUACAAUGACAAACGUUUGUACACUAGCCUUAAGUCUGUUGCUGAGGAUUUAGACAUGCUUGGAGAGUUGACAUCUUUCUGUAACACUGUACCAUUGGUACUGACUAAGACAAUUAUUGUUGAGUUCUUUAAUUCUGUCUCCAAUUUUCUAUGUAACAGUCCUUUCAGCUAAAAAUAAAGAUGUAGCAUAACGUGCG